AUGGGCCCUGGUGCAUUUCUUCAAUUGUGUGAGAAAUUAAGAGCAACACGUCAACUGAGGGAUACAAAACAUGUUACAGUAGAGGAGCAAGUUGCUAGGUUCUUGUAUAUAGUAGCUCAUAAUGUGAAAACAAGAACCAUUUCUUUUUUCUACCACUGGUUUGGAGAAACUGUUAGCCGCCACUUUCAUGCUGUGUUAUCGGCAAUCAUUGUACUAGAAGAUGAAUUUCUUCGAAAACCAUCUGCAUCCAUUAUAUCUCCGAUGAUCCUUCACAAUCAUAGAUUUUAUCCUUAUUUUAAGGACUGUAUUGGAACUAUAGAUGGAACACAUUUUCGUGUCAAAGUACCCAUAGCGGACCAACCUAAAUUUCGAGGGAGAAAAGACUGGCCGACACAGAAUGUAUUAGCUGCAUCAUCUGACUCAAAAGUUCUUAAGAAUGCAUUAUCGAGGGAUGAUAAUCUUAAACUUCCACGAGGAAAAUUUUACCUUGGGGAUGCUGGAUUUAUGCUUAAGCAUGAAUUAAUUACCCUAUAUCGAAGUGUAAGGUAUUACUUAAAAGAGUAUGCAAGACGUGGCCCAGAAAAUGAAAAGGAAUUAUUUAAUCUUCAUCAUGCUUCAUUGAAACAUGUUAUCGAAAGGUCAUUUGGAGUUUUAAAGAAAAGAUUUGCAAUAAUCACAAGUGGCACUGAACCACAUUAUGACUUUGAAACUAUGACUGAAAUUGUGCUAGCUUGUUGCAUAUUACAUAACUUUUUAAUGGGUGUAGAUCCUGAUCCACAUCUGAUAGCUCAAGUUGACCGAGAACUACAAGAAAAUAAUCCAGAAGAGGAUGAAGUAGUUCGACAUGAACAAGAUGAAGACUAUAGGCGGGGUGCCAUAUUAAGGGAUGAAAUAGCUGCUUAA